CCUCAACCGCUAAACAAUCGAUUCAUCCCGGUAUUUCCGCAGUUAUUUAAAUUUUAAAGCAACUGGUUCGUUCUAGUAAAGAGGACAUGAUGUGUCGACAUCUUCGUUUUCACUCGCCCAAAGUGAAAGGUAAGAAAAAGUCCUUCAUGCUCGUAGAAUUUUAAAUGAGUUGCGGAAAAACGAAAAAUUUCGGCGCCACUAAAAUUUUGUCUUUAAAAAUUUCCCCUUCAAAUCUCGUGCGUCAAAUGGCUAAAAAAUUCAACAAGAAAUAACCACCAAGGACAGAGCUAUAUUUCGUACUAUUUCCUGUCAUAGUGACACGAGUCCUUGACAACAAUUAGCGAUGGAUGAUUUCCGACGUUGGCGUAUGUAGCCUUCGUUGGGCGCCGAUUACCCCGUCGGAAUACUAACGCAUUGAAUCUACUGUAUUUGGAUUUUUACUUUCGUCAACUCACAAUCACGAGUCACAAACUUUCACUUUGGUUUUUCUUCCGUUUCUUGUCAAAGUUGGGACAUAGCCGGACACUUCACUUUUGAUCCCAGAUGAGUAUAAAAGGUUGAUUAGGUUAGCCGUUUUCAAGACACUCGUCAGUGCGGAUCGAAAGUUGAUUUGUCACGCUAAAAAUUUUAUGCAGACCAAAAGGAUGAUGUCGUUUCAAAAUUCCGUUAUUCCAGUUACUCUGGCCACUUGUUACAGUGUUUUGUUGCUGGCGGAAGCCAAACCGUAUGGUGGAAUGAUGCCAUCAGCUCCCAUAGUUGACGCUUCGCCCUGGAUGCCUAUUGCUCAACCCAGUUACUAUUCCGGCGGCUACAACUCUUACCAACCUUCUUAUGGAACCCGAGUUGCGCCCCUACAAACAAAAUCUCGUGCUAUUUCACCGACUGAUCCUAAACCUGAAGCUCCUGCUCCUGCAAGUCAAUGGGUUCAGCCAAAUCCUGCAACUCCUGAAGCCCCUGCCGCUCCUGCCGCCAGCCCGUGGUUUCAACCUCCGCAAAUAUCUGAAGCUCCUGCUCCUGCCAGUCAAUGGGCUCAACCAAAUCCCACAACGCCAGAAGCUCCUGCCACCAGCCCGUGGGUUCAGCCAGCUACCCAAAAUUCUGAAGCUCCUGCCGUCAGUCAAUGGGCACAACCAAAUCCGACAAUACCUGAAGUUCCUGCCGCCAUUCCGUCAGCUUCUCAACAGUGGGCUCCAGCUGGUGCAGCUCCAGUAGUUCCUUUUUGGAUGAGUACUCCUAAUAGUUCUCCCAUGUCUCCACCACCACCUGUUGCUGACCCAACAGUUGACGUUCCAGCAAUCACUUCUCCGCAAACGGAAAACGCACCGGUUCUUCCGCAAUCACCUCCACCUGCAGUGCAGCCGGAAAAUGGUGAUGCUAAUGUAAUUUUUAACUCAGUUCAAGUAUCAGUCCCCGCAGUACAAGGUUCGGGACAAGACAACUGGCCCGAAACUCCACGAAUGGUACCGGAGGCAGACAAUCUCCCCGCUUUACCACCAGCCACAUUCGGUCAAUUUGCUGUUCAGCCAGCCCGCUAAACACAACUUUUAUAAGUUUGUAUCUAAAUAACCUUUUAUUAUGACUGUAAAUAAAUUGCGAUUCAUAAA